AUCAGAAAAUCAGACAAACUCCCAAAUUCUCCCCUUCAGAAACAUAACCCCUGUUUUUGCUACCAAAAUCCAAUCCGAAUAACAUCAAAGAUGCAUCUAUGGCCAUCAAUGAAGAUGAGGGACUCAUUCAAGGUUGAUUACUUGAAGCAACUGGAAUGGAGCCUUCGCCUUUUGAAACUAGACAAGCAAAGAAAACAACAGGAGCAGCAAGAUUCCAAUACCGGCAGUUCCAGCGAUCCAAACGAUGAGAAUGGUUGUCAAGAAAGGCUUUUGAGCAGUGAUUUUGAAAACCCUUCAAAGGCAGGAGGGAAAUUUAUUGCUAUCUGCAGAGAGGUGUUCCUAAUCAUCACUUGCUGCUAUUGUUGCUUUGGCUGUGGAGGUUGACGAAGUGGACUCACUCACAGCACACACACUUGGAAUUCUUUUCUAGUGUGCGAUAGAUUGUGGCUAUAGAGUUUUAGGGGACUAUGCUAGUGUUAGAAUUCACCACGGGAAGGAAUUCUUCCAUUUGAUACCCUUGAUCAUCUUAAGCAAAUAAUGCUACUCGUUUACCUAGUAAAUUAGUUCUCACUAGAAUGAUAAUGAAGGAGCAACUGGGAGAUAGAAUUCAUACACCUGAGUUGAAGUUUAACGAGAGUGAACUUCAACUGCAACCUAGUUCCAGCCUUGCACCGGGCAUUGGCUACUAUUAUUGGAGAUUCCUGCACUAAUUCCCACUUGAUGACCAUUGCUGUUACAAAUGAACAGAAAGAGAGGGGAUUGUUGAAGAUGAAGUAUCUUGUGCUGUUUGUUGAGAUGUUUGAAUGGGGAAGUGAGUCAAAAUGUUGAACUAAAACUUCAUAUCAGGUCUGAGGAUCUGUGUGUUUAGCUGCACUAGUUUACCUGUGUUCUGCAACUCUGAAAACAUCUUGCUCGAUGGCUUAUAUGGUCCCUCCACCUUUGAAGCACAGCUCAUAUCCUUGUAUUCUUCGGAGAAUAAAUUGAUUAGUAUUCCAUAUUUUGUUUAUAGUUUACAUUCUUUGGCCUAUAGCAGUACAGUUUGAUUUUCCGUAUCUAAAUGACAAGCUUUUCUCUAAAAUGGCUUCUUUCUUGUUUUACUUUUUUCCAUGUGCUUCAUAUGUCCAUGCUUUCUCAUUUCUUUCCAAACCGGUGGUGUGACUGGAUGAUGCAUACAGGUUUUGUGAAUGACUGACGUUUGACUAUGCUUGUAUCACUUUUGGAUUGGUUAACAGCUGCUGAUGAUGUUAAUUAAUAAAACGAUUAUUGAUGUAUUUUGUUUCAGCUUUUGCUGAAGAUGAAGAAAACUGAUUGUGCUCAAGGGAAACAUACGGCUGAAGGUUAUGCCAUUGAAUUAGAUAAAGUUGUGGGAUUUGAUGAACUGGAAAUCACCGUUUGGUUCUUUUAUGAUUAUAGCAUUCGAGACUCAAGUGCAGCAGCAGUGCAGAACUUUCAAUAAGCCAAUAAGUGCAAUUCAUGAAAGCCCUUUAAUUGUGUACAUAAGUUAGUAGCAGCCUCGUUUUUCUUUUUGAAGCUUAAGUAAACCUUUUGCCAAUAAACCUGAUCUGUAGAAAAGAGUCGGAUUCUACCAAGUUUAGAUUUUUGUUGGACUUCUUAUUAGUUUAUUCACAUUUUCCUACUGGUAGGAGUUGUUCUCACAGUCUAAAAUUGUGCUUUUUGUCUCAAGCUUACCUUAUCCUUGGAGUCAUUUUCCUUAAUUGUAUAAUAGUAGCAAUGAAGCAUCAAACACGUUCAUGAAUCUUGAUCGCAAUUAUUCGCCAUUCUACCUUGCAAUGGUUGUAACUUUUCUUUGUUCCAAUUGUAAUGAGAUGCAAUAUCAGUAUAGGUCAGGUAUGUAUUACGUUACGUCCAUUUCAGAAAUGGAAGUUUUUUUUUCUUUUUUAGUCAUGUAGAAAUACAAGUUUAAUGUCACCCGGAUCCAUAUCUUACUGUUGUGUGAUUCUAAGUUGAGAAUAUGGUUAUCAGUUUCUCUUUUCUUUUUACUAGGUGUUAGACCUGUCUG